AUGUUCAAAAAAUUACAUAGCGGAUGGAAGCGUUUCGAAGACUGGGCCAACGAAGAUGAUUCUGUGCCAAAGUCGACCACCACUCAGACCAACCAAACCAAAACUGGGCCAUCAGCACCGACACAAACAUCGACUGAAGAUCACACUUCCAACCAUAGCGACCCCGUGACGGAGGAUACGCCUAAGCCAGAAGCAUACUGUUACGCCAACAAAUCCACCACCUCUCCAUACAAAUACACUCCGCUCCCGUCAACGACCAAGUCAGCCAUCCGGGUUCUGACCUUGCUUCCAGGGAGAGCCGACGCUGACAUCGAAUGUCAGCUCAUCGAGUUGGACCUGAACAACCCAUGGACAGACGACGAUGACGAGGAAGGCUUCGAAGCCCUCUCCUACGUUUGGGGCGACAUCACCGAGACAACGCCAAUCCAAAUCGACGGCGCCACUGUACAGAUUGGCAGAAACCUCCGCAGCGCUCUCCUCCACCUGAGAUAUCAGGAAAAGCCCCGUAUUUUGUGGGUGGACGCAGUAUGCAUCAACCAAGAAGACAUGGAUGAGCGCAACAGACAAGUCAUGCUGAUGGGUGAUAUCUACACCAAGGCGGCCCGCACUCUUGUCUGGCUAGGCUGUCCAUGCUGCUUAUUGGGGGCCCUGAAUACGGACCGGCUUACCUAUUCUCAAGGGAAAUGGCUUGAUCACUUAGCGGGGAUUGAUCCUCUUUUUGAAGCCAUCGAGAUCCUGGGCAACGAGGCGCGGAAACUCGCAGAGGAGGGCCGUGAGGUUGUUCCGAAGCAGGGAGAAAAGGAUGAAGAUGGGACGACGUACGACCGAAUUAAAAAGCUGAAGCCCAAAUGGAACCUCAUCUUUUUGGAGAAUCCGUGGUGGACUCGUAUUUGGACGCUGCAGGAGAUUGUACUUGCAAAGGAGGCGCGCUUGUGCAUGGAAAGACACGAGCUGGGCUGGGAUCUUCUCUCUGUUGCCAUUCCUUACUAUACAGCACUGGGCUUUGGCGACUUUUCCGAGAUAUAUGCUGGGAGCAAGACCAACUCUGGUGUUGAGCCGUUCAACUUGGUCAACGCUAUCAGAGAGGCGAGACAGCCCGGGUCGGAGCUCGUUACUGGAGGUGUCGGGGACGAGCUCCUCCACUAUCUCGCCUCGUCCCACUGGCGUGAUUGCAAGAUGCCUCAGGACAAGAUCUUUGGACUUAUGGGCCUAUUCAGCGAAGGCCGCGAUGUGGGUAUUGAGGUUGACUAUCGGUUGGAUGCCGAGGAUGUGUACCGCCAAGCGACGAAAUCCUUGUUACAACAAUCUGGCAAUCUCGAUGCUCUUGGGUUCUGCUACCCAUACAAGAUACCGAGAGUUACCAAUCUCCCGUCCUGGAUUCCUGAUUGGGGCUCCGUUGGAAACCUUGCGCUCCCGCUGAUGAACGACGCAAAAGGCCAACCGCGAACUACUCACGCUUCUAGAGGACUAAGAUCCAACCCCCGAUGGGAGAACAACGACACAACCUUGCUUCUCGACGGUCACAUCAUCGACACGAUCGCCAAACUCGGGAGGACGCAGGUACCACCAAAUCAGGAUGACCGCAACGAAGGGUCCCUGGACCACAUGCUAAACGAUCCUGCGAUGAUCGCUGAAGCCGACAGCUUUCCCGACCGGUGGGAAGAUUUGGAUCCCGAAAGACCCAUCCGGCAUUUUAUAUCUGCAUGGUGGAAAGGAAUGAGAAUGGCUGUGCCAUAUGUCGCCAAGGCAUUUCUCGAGAUCUUUGGGAAUGUUGUGGAAAUGAGGGAAACGUUUCUGCAGUGGGAUGAGUUUGUUGCUGCAGAGCUGGGCGAGCCGCAUGAAGACCGCCGCGUCAUUUUCCGAGAUACUAUCACGACAGCAACGCCUUGUCCGCUGGAACCAUCGGUAUUCGAUAGCCGCUUUGACGGAUGGCUCCAGGCGGUGUACUCGAUUCGAAAGCUGAAGAAGAAGAGGAUUGAUCGAUAUGCACCAAAGACGUACACCACAUUGGCUGCGGUCACCACCUUUGUCAAAAUGGAAGAUGACGACCUGCCUGAGGCUUUUGCGACAUAUACAACGCAUACGCCCCGCAGGCGACUUGGGAUUACCGCAUCAAAACGGGUUUGUCUCCUGCCUAAGCUCACCGAGGUUGGGGACAAAGUGGCUCUGCUUCGAGGUGGCAGGGUGCCAAUGAUCCUCCGUCCGAGAGAAGAUGGAUCAAUGCAGUUCAUUGGCGAAGCAUACGUCCACGGAGUCAUGGAUGGGGAAGCGUUUCAUGAGGAGGAGUGUAUUGACUUUCGAAUAACGUGA